AUGUCGCGACGGCGGAAACUGGUUAGUUUCGACUGGGUGGGCACCAUACUCAGUGUCGGAGCAUUCACCACUCUGGUCAUGGCCAUCAACUUCGGCGGGACCCUUUACCCAUGGAGCAGCGGGCACACAAUUGCCCUGUUUAUUGUCUCUGGAGCCCUGUGGAUUAUCUUCGGCCUCCAGCAAGGGUUCGAAAUAGCCACAUCAAUUGAGAGGCGCAUUUUGCCGAUCCACCUGUUUGCUCAGAAGGAGCCAGUCUUACUCUUUAUUUCUUGUGCGGCAGUGGGGUCUGUGUCCUACAUCAGUGUCUAUUACAUCCCUAUUUAUUUCCAGUUCACCCGAGGAGACAACGCGAUCAGAUCUGCCGUCCGACUACUCCCGUUUAUAUUCCUGCUAAUCACUACCAUUCCGACUAGCGGGGCCAUGAUGUCUCAUAUCGGCUACUACAAACCUUGGUACCUGGGCGGCAGCAUAAUUGCACUGAUCCCGGCUGUUUUGAUGACUACCAUUGUUAAUGUAGAUACCCCAUCAGGCGUGAUAUAUGGUCUUGAAAUCGUGCUCGGACUCGGAGCUGGCGCCUACACUCAAGCCGCGUUUGCAGUCAUUCAGGCUGUUGUAGACCCGGCCGAUGCUCCCAACGGGCUGACUCUUAUGUUACUGGCCCAACUAAGCGGCAUGACGCUUGGUCUAUCCAUCAGCGGUGCCGUAUUCGUCAACAUCGCGUCGAACGACCUGUUCGCCCUGCUCCCAGAAUACCCGCAAUCCCAAGUCAGACAGAUCUUAUCAGGAACCAGCGGCCAGCUGCUAUCGUCCCUGUCCGAGACGCUGCGCGAUCAAGCACUUGCUAUCAUCGUGUCUGCAUGGCAUAAUAUCUUCAUCUGCGUGUGUGCGGCUGCUGCCGCAAGCUUGGUGUGCUCGGUCUUUAUGGCGCAUGAACGGUGCAACGUCUCGGCCGCUGCCGGCGGUCCAUAA